CUCGAUUAUCAUGGCAGAACAAGAACAAGCACAACAAUUGCCGGAGGCACCUUUCCCAGCACCUCCACCAUUCUGGAGGUAUUUCACAGUCGCCAACGAGGAGGAGCUGAGAAAGAUCGAAUCGUCUUCCACGGACGACCAACCGAAGCCAAAGCUGUCCCUUCACCUGGCAUACCUGCGACCUCCCCCUCCUCCACCGGCUUCAGCAGAGUACUACACGGCCUUUGGCCAGAAACAGGUCACCGAUCCGACCAAGCCCUCAUCCUUGCCUACUGAACAACUUCUCUUCAAUCCAGACGACCCAAAUCUCAAUCACGCUGUCCUGCUCAGUCGCCUCACGAAAUCCCUGCUGCUGAACUUCCUCGAACUCACGAGUGUCUUGUCCCUUGACCCAACAAAGCACGAAGAAAAGAUGGAAGACAUACGGCAGCUUUUGUUGAACAUCCACGUGGUAAUUAACAUUUACCGGCCUCAUCAGGCACGAGAGAGCGUCAAGGAAAUGCUGGAAGGCAUCCUGGAAGACGGACAGAGAGAGAUUGACGAGUGCGACAAAGUGAAGCAGAGAAUCGACGAAUUUUUAGCAGAUGUGGGCAAGAUUAGGAUAUCGGGUGCUCCAGACGCCACUCAGGAGGAAUCUUCCACGACCGAGGCGUCUCGCGACCAGAUGAUGGAGAAGCAGCGGAGGCUGUGGCAAAUGAUACAAGAAAUGACUUGAUGAAAUCCAUCCCCCGAACUCGGACAGAGACCACGCUCUGGAAUCAUUCCGUCACAGAACUGUUGGGUAUCACGAUUGUUACCAACUUAUGUCCUCAAACAACCGGAAGUGUCGACCGUCAUGUGGGCCGCAUCUUGACAGGGGAGCUCUCCAGGAACAAAGCCAUGUAACGGCAUUUUACUAAACUCAUCCCUCUCGAAGACUUAAACAUUGAUUUCUGCAGCCCCACUGCUCAAAAUCUGGUCCUUGUAAGGCUCCAAAGCUGGAUCCACCGCUUCUUCCACGAAUUCAUCAACCUGUUCCGCCGACCUGCCAACGAACUUCGAUGGGUUAAGCAAGUCCUCUGGCGUCAACUCGCUCCAGAUAGGCUCGAAAAACUUCUCCUUCUUGAUACGGUCAACAAGAUCGUUCGCUUGGCCUUCCAAUUUGACCACCGCAGCGGCUUGAUGAGACAACACUCGGAUAUGCUCGUGAGUUUCUUGACGGCUGGCGCCCUUUUCAGCCAUACGCAUAAUCAUUGUCUCGGUGGCCAUAAAGGGAAGCUCUUGCUGCAGGCGGGCGCUGAUGACUUGUGGAUACACGACCAGACCCGAAGACACGUUUUCGAGCAGAAUGCAUAAUGCGUCGGCGAUUAGAAACAUCUCGGGAAUAUCAAUACGUCGGAUUGCAGAGUCGUCCAGCGAUCUUUCAAACCAUUGGUGGGCGUACGUUUGCCCGAAUCCGGAGGCGAGCGAAACCAGCUUCCGAGCCAGAGAACACAUACGUUCCGAGCGCAUGGGGUUGCGUUUGUAAGCCAUGGCUGAUGAGCCAAUUUGGUCCUUCUCAAAAGGUUCUUCGACUUCUUUCAACAUAGCCAAAUGCCGCAGGUCGGUACCAAUGUGCUCACAGGUGGUACCGAAUGAAGCCAACACGUUGGCGAUGUCAAAAUCAAUCUUGCGGUUAUAGGUCUGCACCGACACAAUAGAGCGUUUACUGAAACCGGCUUUCUUGGUGACCAGUUGGUCGAGCUGCUUGACUUUUGCGUGGUCGCCAUGGAAUAGCUCCAGGAAAGAGGCUUGGGUCCCAGUGGUGCCUUUGACGCCACGGAAGACGAGGUCUGCACGAGCACGUUCGAAGUUCCUCAAAUCCAUGAGUAGCGACUCAAUCCAUUGCGUAGCCCGACGACCAACAGUAAUGGGCUGAGCGGGCUGUCCAUGGGUAAAUCCCAGGCAAGGCAUGGCCUUGUAUUGCAGUGCAAAAUCUGACAACUUCUUGAUGCACUUGGCGACUUUCGGCAAUAGGAUUGACAGUCCGUCCCUCAAAAAUAUCAAGUCGGCAUUGUCCGUCACGUAGCAGGAAGUGGCGCCCAGGUGUAUCUUGCCAGCGGCUGCAGGUGCCCGCUGGCCAAAGGCGUGAACAUGGGCCAUAACGUCGUGCCGUCGUCGCUUUUCCUCUAUAGCCGCAACCUGGAAAUCAUCGUCCGUCAUGACUUUAGCCGCCUCCAUCUGCGUAAUGGCCUCGUCCGGGAUAUCGAGCCCCAACUCCUUCUCCGCUUCAGCAAGCCAGAUCCAGAGUUGGCGCCAGGUUGUAGCUCGAGUUCGAGGUGAGAAUAAGGUGAGCAUUUCUUUGCUGGCGUAGCGAGCCGCCAGCGGGCUCUGCCACGUAUCGUGAGCCAUUCUGAGAGCGUUUGUUUACAGUGGAUGUUCGACGGGUAUUGCGAGGAU